UCUUAGUCAGAUGACCGGGAUUCCAAAAGGGAUUCCCUUGAGGAGGGGGAGCUGAGAGAUCACCGAAUGGAAAUCACCAUCAGGAACUCACCAUAUAGAAGAGAGGAUUCUAUGGAAGACAGAUAAUGUGUGAUCUCACACGUUCUUACUUGGCCAUGAAACCAUUACCACAAUCAAGAAAAUGAACAAAUGGACAUCCCCUUCCUUAAAGACAGACAAUUUUGUUCUACAGACAAGAGGAGAGGAAGAUGAUUCUCUGGCCAUUAAACCACCCCAGCAAAUGUCUCGGAAAGAAAAAGCCCACCACAGAAAAGAUGAGAAGAGAAAAGAGAAGCGUAGACAUCGUAGCCAUUCAGCAGAGGGAGGGAAGCACGCUAGAGUGAAAGAAAAAGAAAGAGAGCAUGAACGUCGGAAGCGCCAUCGAGAAGAACAAGAUAAAGCUCGCCGAGAAUGGGAAAGACAGAAGAGGAGGGAAAUGGCAAGAGAACAUUCCAGGAGAGAGAGGGACCGCCUGGAGCAGUUAGAAAGGAAGAGGGAGCGGGAGCGCAAGAUGAGGGAGCAACAGAAGGAACAGCGGGAACAGAAGGAGCGGGAACGGAGGGCAGAAGAGCGCCGCAAAGAGAGAGAAGCACGUAGGGAAGUCUCUGCACAUCACCGUACCAUGAGGGAGGACUACAGUGAUAAGGGAAAGGUUGGCCACUGGAGCCGCAGCCCUCUACGGCCACCACGGGAGCGCUUUGAGCUGGGAGACAACCGUAAGCCAGUAAAAGAAGAGAAAAUGGAAGAACGAGACCUUCUGUCAGACCUACAGGACAUCAGUGACAGUGAGAGGAAAACUAGCUCAGCCGAGUCUUCAUCAGCAGAAUCAGGCUCAGGUUCUGAGGAGGAGGAGGAGGAAGAAGAGGAAGAGGAAGAAGAGGAAGAAGGGAGCACCAGUGAAGAAUCAGAGGAGGAGGAGGAGGAGGAAGA